UUAUUCAAAUAAAUCUUGGUGAAACUUAAAUCUAGGGUUUUGUUUAUCUUGCCGGAUAAGUCAAGGGAAGCCCAGCCAGUUUGCAUCGCGUUUCCAGUCUUGGUCUGCGGCUUCCACCAUGGGGAUUUCUAAAGCCCAACUUCUUCAACGAUUACAGGCUCAACAAAUACACUUUUCACAGUAUGAUCAUCCGGUUGUAAUGACUGUUGAAGCCCAGGCCAAGCAUGUUGGACAUAUCAAAGCAGGAUUGAGUAAAAACUUGUUUUUAAAGGAUAAGAAGCACCGGUUUUAUAUUGUUUCUGCCUUGGCUGAUACAAAGGUCGAUUUAAAAGUUUUAUCUCAAAGGCUUGGCCUUGGAAAAGGAGGGCUGAGAAUGGCACCUGAAGAAGCGGUUGUAGAAGUACUCGAGGUGCCCUUAGGAUCUGUUACUCCAUUUGCACUUGUGAAUGAAUCAGCUCGGAGUGUUUCGUUGCUGUUAGACCAGGGUUUUAAAACCCACGAGUGCUGCUUCUUCCACCCACUCUCCAAUGAUACCUCAAUCUCCCUUCACAUAGAGGAUCUCUAUAAGUUUCUUAAAUCAGUAGGAAGAAUGGUCGCCUACGUUGAUCUUGAGGCUAAUCCAACUGUAGGGAAAGAUCAACCUCCAGAUCUAGCUGCUUUAGUUCCGUCUGACGCCCCCAGCAUACAGAAUAUCUCGGAGAAAACAGCUACUUUGCAGAUUGAUGGGGAUGUAAAGAGCAAACCAGUUGCGGUUACAGCCAAAGCAUCAAAGGUUUCCAGUGGUCAACAGAAGGAGAAAUCGGUCAAUAAUGCAAACUCUUCAAGCUCUUUUGCUGAUCCUGAACAGUUUAUUGAAGAAAUAUUAAAAAAAGCAUCCGCCAUUGUUGUUGCGGAGAUCAAAGAGGAAAAUAUCAAACAACAUGGAGGCCAACUUGGUGCUGUGGUAUCAAACAGUUUACGGAAAAAUCUUAGCCUGGAGUUAAAAAAUCUAGCGACUAUGUUCAAGAAUACGGCUUACACCGAAGGCUUUGGUGCUGGUAUUCGCUGCCCGGCAAAACGUUUAUAAGUCAUGAAAUGAUGAUGAUGCUAUAGCGGUUGGAGUAAUUUUUCUUUCUAUUCAUGAAAUCUUUGAGGAUGGGAUUUAAUUGAAUAUGUUGGGACUUUGUUUUUGUAUUUUUUACAUCAAUGCAAGCAGGAUGAACACAUAAUAUGUAUUGGUAUGUAUUCAAACUAGUAGAUGCCCGUCCGCGUUGCAGGGCGAUGGCCGAAUAA